UUUGCUUACUUCAGACAGCGAAAAGCAAAGAGCGACGUCACGCAGUCGCAGAAAAAGGCGGCGAAGAGGAAGGGCUCGGCUGUCCACACGCAUGACGUUCCGAAGGAAGAGCAUGCCGUAGCGGCCCAGGAGCUUGGGAAGGGCAUAGACAGUAAGGCUGAAGACACCAACCUACUAGAGACCACAACAGAGACAGAGGGCAGUGCUGACUUGUCCCACUGGGGUGCACUGAAUGACCAGGCAGCUGAAAAAGAUGGGAUAAACUCUGCUGCAGAGUACAGUGAGGCUGAUGCCAAGAUAUGCCAGGUGAGGAUAGCUGAGCUAGAGAACAGACUCCUGGAGAAACAGGGAGUAGUGGAGAGACUCACUGCACAGAUGGACGAGCUGCAGGACCAACUCACCCAGCACAAUGAUUCUGUGCAGCUUCAGGAAAUGACUGUUCAAGAACGGAGUGAAAUCAUCAGGAAGCUUCAACAGGCAAAGAAAGACCGGGAUGACCUACAGGAAGAGGCGUCACGCAUUACUGGUCAGAUCCAUGAUUUACAGCCUCAGUUACAUCAGGUUAAUGAGAUACUGAGAAGUGAAAGCCUCAGGAAAAAUGAAGGAUUAGAAGCUCAGCAGCAAAUGUCCUUGUUUCAGAAUUGUCUCAGAGAACAAAAUGCACGCUUGGAGAUGCUGUGUCAGAAAGCAUAUGACCUGGAAGUGCAGCUGGAGUCUUCUCAAAUGGUCCAUGAACGAGAGCAUGGUCGUGAGAUAUCUGAGCUGGCUGCUAAACACGAAGAGGAAAUGGAGAAGCUCCGUGCUGAGCUACAGAAAGAGCAGAGGCACCAGUUGGAUGAGCUUCGGCAGCAAAUGGCAGCCACGCACAAAGCAGAGCAUGAGCAAGCUCAGCUCCAGUCCCAGACUCUGCACAGCCUUGAACUGGAAGCUUUACGCCUCACCUUAAACAAUAUGCACACCUCCCAGCUGGAGCUUACACAGUCCAACUUGAGAAAGGAGAAGGAGACAGCCCUUGUGGAACUACGGGAGAUGCUCAACGACAAACGUGCUCAAGAAGUAGCGAUUCUGCAAAGCCGCCAUCAGCUGGAGUGGGAGAAGGUCAAAGAGCAGUGUCUGAAGGAAAAAGAAGAGCUUAAGUCAAAGUAUCAGCAAGAACUAGGUAUUAAAAUUGGGGAAUAA